AUGGGACAAGGGGCUAAUUCGCUGGCAAUAUGGUUUGAGAAGAUAGAGGACAAGACCAUUGUCUGGUCGGCGAAUGGUGAUAAUUUAGCGCCAGAAGGCUCGAAGAUCCAGUUGACCACCGACGGCCGACUGGUGCUAGCCGACCCAAAUGGAAGAGAGUUGUGGUCUCCUAGCCCGACUGUCGCUGGUGUAGCGCAUGCGGCCAUGCUUGACACGGGAAACUUUGUCCUAGUUAGCAAGAACUAUGUCAACUUGUGGGAGACGUUCAGCCAACCGACCGACACGAUGCUGCCUACGCAACAGUUAGAUCAAGGGACUAAAGUUAACGCUCGCUACUUUGAAAUGAAUUACUCCACUGGGAGAUUCCACUUCAAGCAAGGAGACGACGGAAAUCUCGCAUUCUAUGCCACCUCUGACCCGUGGCUUGCCUCAGAUACUUACUGGGUCAGCAACACCAAAGAUAGCGGCUUCAGAUUGAUAUUCAAUCAAAGUGGUCAGUUCUAUCUUACGGCUAGGAAUGGAACACUGCUCAAACUUGUCACCUCAGACACAGUCCCGACCAACGAGUUUUACCAAAGAGCAAUCCUUGAAUACGAUGGGGUCUUCAGGCAAUAUGUCCACCCUAAGGGGGAAAAUUCAAGUUCUGCCUUGGCACUGGGCUGGUCGAUGGUCUCUUCCCCGAUCCCUCGAAAUAUAUGCCAGAGCAUCAGGCAAACUACGGGUUCUGGAGCUUGUGGCUUCAACAGCUACUAUGCUCUUGGAGACGACCAGAGGCCCCGAUGCCACUGCCCACCCGGACAUGCUCCAUUAGAUUCAACAAACGAGAUGAAUGGAUGCAGGGAGAACUUCGUACCGCAGAGUUCUAAUGGAAUUGCUAUUUUUGGCGGCAGCGGAACUUGCUACAAAAAGAAGAUCCCUCUUUCCAAUGGAAGGAUGGAUCCUAGUGAGGAUGGAAAAGCUCUGAUCAAGGUCAGGAUAAAUAACUCAACUUCAAAAUCUAUGGGAGAUGGAAACAAGAACUCCACUCUGAUCAUCAUCGGAUUGGUGCUGUUGAGUAGCUCUGUGUUUGUGAACUUGCUUCUACUCCUCUAUUUAAUUUAUAGAAGCUUCCGAUGUAGGGAUUCUAAGUUGUCACGACCAGUCCAGAUCAACCAAGCCAUAGGUAUGCAAACUUUCACUUAUCAGGAGCUUCAAGAAGCAACAGAUGAAUUCAACGAAGAACUAGGUAGGGGGGCUUUUGGAACAGUGUACAAAGGUGUUCUUGGAUCCGAGGAUACAAACUCCGUGGUAGUAAAAGUGUUGGCAGCAAGGACUGGAGAAAGCGAAAAGGAGUUUGAAAGAGAAGUGAGUGCUAUUGGCCGAACUGACCACAAGAGCUUAGUGCAGUUGCUUGGAUACUGCAAUGAAGGUCAACACCGACUACUGGUGUUUGAAUUCAUGAGCAAUGGCACUUUGGUGGAUUUCCUAUUUGGUGCUUCAAGGCCCAGCUGGUACAGAAGAGUAGAAAUUGCCUGCGAUGUUGCGCAGGGAUCUCUUACUUGCCCAUCGAUUGCACCAGGCAUAUAA